AUGGCAUUCAGAAGAGAGGCUUUGGCCAAAUCUUUAAAGACUAAGAGACUCGAAGCACGACUUGAACAGAUGAGCUCGGAGUCCAGUGCAGCCAUGUCAAGAUUCCAGCAACUAUGCGAUGAUAAUGCAGUUCUGGAGAAAGAAAACGAAGAUCAAGCCGAGACAAUUGAGAACUAUCGACUCCAUUUAUCAAACAUCAGAAAAGACAUGGAGAAGUCGAUCUCUAGGGCGGAAGAGAAACGUAAAAAAAAUAUUCUCGUUUUCGAAUGCCGAGAAGGACUUAUUGGUAGCGUGAUCAUCAUGGGGAAGAAGAAGCUUUCCAAAAGGGCUAUCUCGGAUCUAGUGAGUGACUGCCAGAUUUCACAAUCAUUACCGAUGCAGAAAUCAAAGAUGCCGUCUGAAAUUUUACUCUCCAGUCUACCGGUGAAUGGGAAUCCAGUAUUAGGAGUAAAUAGCUCAUGUCAUCAAGCUUGUCAAACUAUACCACUUCAAAAUAUCACCUAUGAGAACAACAAUGCAGCUGGUUCACAAGAGAAGAACCCUGCAGCGAUUGCACCUGGCACUACUUGUAAAGAGCAGCCGACUAAUAGUUCGAAUUCUAGUCAAACCGAGGACAAAGAGACCCUCAAAUAUCCCAAAUCCUGGGAGAAUUGGAAAUAA